UACGUAAGUUGGCCGCAAGCCGAAAGCUCAAAGCUGUGUUUUGAGUUAGAGUCGCUCUUUAGUUCCGACGAGUUUCUCUUGGUUUUGAGCUUUAAAUUUCUUCUAUCUAUUAUUAUUAGCUUCCUGUGUUGUUUCCUUUUAACUCUGAUCGGAAAAGAAACCGUGUCAUCAUCAUGUCUCACACUAUACUCCUGAUUCAACUGUCCAACAAACCAGAAACAAGGACCUAUUCGGAUUAUGAAAGUAUAAACGAAUGUAUGGAAGGGGUUUGUAAAAUAUACGAAGAACACUUGAAACGGCAAAACCCAAAUACACCAGCCAUCACAUACGACAUCAGCCAGCUCUUUCAUUUCAUGGACCAACUAGCUGAUUUAUCAUGUUUAGUUUAUCAAAAGAGCACAAAUUCAUAUGCACCAUACAACAAGGAUUGGAUAAAAGAAAAAAUCUAUGUCCUUCUACGAAGACAAGCAUCUCACCAUGACAAGUAAAUUGCCUCGCAGCCAAAUAACCUCCAAUUCUCCAAGGAAAACAAUCCAUCAUACAAAAAUAGGACAAUUUUUUGUCCAUUGGUUGAAUAGCGCUUCAAUCUCUAUGUAAGUUUAAGAAUGGUCCUCAAGUUGACAUCUCAUCCAUAUUUUAUUAUUAUUUUUGUCAUUCAUUUUAUAUGAAGAAAAUCAAGUGUCACUAUUUGACAUUCAGCUGUCAGCAGAAAAACAUGAAGAAAAAUUAGAAACAGGCAGGUCAGAGCCUUAUGUCUUGAGACAAUUAUUUUGAUAAUUUCACGUCAUAGGUCAGGAAAAAAUAGUCAAAUUUUUGUAAGUGUCAAGCUCUCCUAUCCAAUACUUAACUUGUAGGAAACCAUCAGAACAGAAAAUUCUGAUCAUUGCAGGCUGAUUUAAAAAAUGUUGAUACAAUGUGGCUCAACACUCUAGUUACACUCUGUUAUUGAAUAGUGAAAAUAAUUUUGCAUUUGUCAGAAUCUAUUUUAGUUGGCAAAUCCCGAAAUUUAAAAAAAAAAAAAAAAAAAAAAAAAAAAAAAAAACGUCCAAAUACAAUAGUUCUCCCUGUAAUUUUGUAUGGAGCCCUCUGUUGGCUUUAUGUAAAGGCUUUAAUUUCACAUCUGUCUCUCCUUUUUUUAUUUCUUAUGGGCAAAAUGAAUUCAGAUAAAUUUAAAUUCUAGAUCAUGCAUUUUUAAUGUGAAUAUCACUUGAAAUUUCAAAAAGUAAUUUCAGUUAGUAUCACAUCCAUUGUGACUGGCAGUUUACUGUUAACUUCAGCUUGUAAUAUUUAAGGAAGAAGUUUGUUUCUAAUCAUCUCACUGUGUUACUUCUCUACAUGUGUAAAUUUUUUGUGAUAGUAUUUGUAUAAAGUAAUAAUUUUAAAAUCCA